GCUUCCGGUCCUGGUCGCCAUUUCUGUCAGUUGCAGGUUCUCACGCGUUGUAGUCCCCUGGAACAAUGAGCUAUGACUACCAUCAGCACUGGGGCCGCGAUGGUGGGCCCCGCAGCUCCGGCGGGGGCUACGGAGGGGGCCACGGGGGGAGCCGAGGCUCCGGAGGCGGCGGCGGCGGAGGAGGGGGUGGUCGAGGAGGCCGAGGCCGGCACCCGGGGCACCUGAAAGGCCGCGAAAUCGGCUUGUGGUACGCGAAGAAACAGGGACAGAAGAACAAGGAGGCCGAGAGGCAGGAGAGAGCUGUAGUGCACAUGGAUGAACAUCGCGAAGAACAAAUUGUGCAGCUGCUACAUUCUGUCCAAGCUAAGAAUGAUAAAGAUUCAGAAGCACAGAUAUCCUGGUUCGCUCCUGAAGAUCACGGAUAUGGGACUGAAGCUCCUGCUGAGAACAAACCAAACUCAGAGAAGAAAUCUGAGGACCAGGAAAAAAAAUUGAUAAAUCAAGAAAAAAGGACAUUUAGAAUCAGGGACAAAUAUAUUGACCGAGAGUCUGAGUAUCUCUUGCAAGAAAAUGAGCCAGAUGUAACUUUAGACCAACAGUUACUGGAAGAUUUGCAAAAGAAAAAAACUGACCUUCGGUAUAUUGAAAUGCAGCAUUUCAGGGAAAAGCUGCCUUCAUUUGGAAUGCAAAAGGAAUUAGUAAAUAUGAUCGAUAACCAUCAGGUGACAGUAAUAAGUGGUGAAACUGGUUGUGGAAAAACCACUCAAGUUACGCAGUUCAUUUUGGAUAAUUACAUCGAAAGAGGAAAAGGCUCUGCGUGCAGAAUAGUUUGUACUCAGCCGAGAAGAAUUAGUGCCAUUUCAGUUGCAGAGAGAGUGGCUGCAGAAAGGGCAGAAUCUUGUGGCAAUGGUAAUAGUACUGGAUACCAAAUUCGUCUCCAGAGCCGAUUGCCAAGGAAACAGGGUUCUAUCUUAUACUGUACGACAGGAAUCAUCCUUCAGUGGCUUCAGUCAGACCCGCAUUUGUCCAGUGUUAGUCAUAUCGUGCUUGAUGAAAUCCAUGAAAGGAAUCUGCAGUCAGAUGUUUUAAUGACUGUUGUUAAAGACCUUCUCAACUAUCGACCUGACCUGAAAGUAAUAUUGAUGAGUGCAACACUGAAUGCUGAGAAAUUUUCAGAAUACUUUGGUAACUGUCCAAUGAUACACAUACCUGGUUUUACUUUUCCGGUUGUGGAGUAUCUUUUGGAAGAUAUAAUUGAAAAAAUAAGAUAUGUUCCAGAACAAAAAGAACACAGGUCCCAGUUUAAGAGGGGUUUCAUGCAGGGGCACGUGAACAGACAAGAGAAAGAAGAAAAGGAAGCAGCCUAUAAAGAGCGCUGGCCGGCUUACGUACGGGAACUGCGGGCAAGGUAUUCUGCAAGUACUGUAGAUGUCAUAGAAACGAUGGAUGAUGAUAAAGUUGAUCUAAAUUUGAUUGCUGCCCUAAUUCGACACAUUGUUUUGGAAGAAGAGGAUGGUGCAAUAUUGGUCUUUCUACCAGGCUGGGACAAUAUCAGCACUUUACAUGAUCUCUUGAUGUCACAAGUGAUGUUUAAAUCAGACAAGUUUCUUAUUAUACCUUUACAUUCAUUGAUGCCUACAGUUAACCAGACACAGGUAUUUAAAAGAACCCCUCCUGGUGUUCGGAAAAUAGUAAUUGCUACCAACAUUGCAGAGACUAGUAUUACUAUAGAUGAUGUAGUUUAUGUGAUAGAUGGAGGAAAAAUCAAGGAGACACACUUCGACACACAGAACAACAUCAGUACAAUGUCUGCUGAGUGGGUUAGCAAAGCUAAUGCCAAACAAAGGAAAGGUCGAGCUGGAAGAGUUCAACCUGGUCAUUGCUAUCAUCUGUACAAUGGUCUCAGAGCAAGCCUUCUAGAUGACUAUCAACUGCCAGAAAUCUUGAGAACUCCUUUGGAAGAACUUUGUUUGCAAAUAAAGAUAUUAAGGCUAGGUGGAAUCGCUCAUUUUCUGAGUAGGUUAAUGGAUCCACCAUCAAAUGAAGCAGUGUCACUCUCCAUAAAACACCUAAUGGAACUCAAUGCUUUGGAUAAACAGGAAGAAUUGACACCUCUUGGAGUCCAUUUAGCAAGAUUACCAGUUGAGCCACACAUUGGGAAAAUGAUUCUGUUUGGAGCUCUGUUCUGUUGCUUAGACCCAGUCCUCACCAUUGCUGCCAGUCUCAGCUUCAAGGAUCCCUUUGUCAUUCCAUUGGGGAAAGAAAAGGUCGCAGAUGCAAGAAGAAAGGAAUUGGCAAAGGAUUCUAAAAGUGACCACCUGACAGUUGUGAAUGCAUUUGAGGGCUGGGAAGAAGCUAGACGACGUGGUUUCAGAUAUGAAAAAGACUAUUGCUGGGAAUAUUUUCUGUCUUCAAACACUCUGCAGAUGCUGCAUAACAUGAAAGGGCAGUUUGCUGAGCAUCUUCUUGGAGCUGGAUUUGUAAGCAGUAGAAGUCCUAAAGAUCCAAAAUCUAAUAUAAAUUCAGAUAAUGAGAAGAUAAUUAAAGCUGUCAUCUGUGCUGGUUUAUAUCCCAAAGUUGCUAAAAUCCGACUAAAUUUGGGUAAAAAAAGAAAAAUGGUGAAAGUUUACACAAAAACGGAUGGACUAGUUUCUAUUCACCCGAAGUCCGUGAACGUGGAGCGGACCGAUUUUCACUACAAUUGGCUCAUCUACCACCUGAAGAUGAGAACGAGCAGCAUAUACUUGUAUGACUGCACGGAAGUCUCCCCGUACUGCCUGCUGUUCUUCGGAGGCGACAUCUCCAUCCAGAAGGAUAGUGAUCAGGAGACUAUCGCUGUGGACGAGUGGAUUGUCUUCCAGUCUCCAGCAAGAAUCGCCCAUCUCGUUAAGGAAUUAAGAAAGGAACUAGAUACCCUUCUGCAAGAAAAGAUCGAAAGUCCCCAUCCUGUCGACUGGAACGACACUAAAUCCAGAGACUGUGCUGUACUCUCAGCUAUUACAGACUUGAUCAAAACACAGGAAAAAGCAACUCCCAGGAACUUUCCGCCACGACCCCAGGAUGGAUGUUGCAGCUGACACCUUUUCUGUGAUGGUCUGAAAGCCAACUUGACAGCCAUUUCCCAUCAUAGUUUAAUGUUUGGCUAGAUGCCAGACUCUGGGACAUGAGUAAGUUUCAUGUGUGAGGUAGAAACCUUCAAUAGGUAGUAAAGACUUACUGUGCAUGAGUUCACAAUGUUAUCUGUAGCUAUUAUAAAUAUACCAUAAAAAUAGUGUUCUCUGAUCAUAUACUCUGUGUGGUCAUGUCCACACUUUGGGAAUAUUCCUCAUAUAUCCUAAGUGUUGUACCACUUGAGAAAUUCCUUUGUUCUGCUUUAAAAAAUUAAUUUUUUGGCCCAUAAUGACUAAGUAUAGAACCAGUAAAAAUAGAAUGCUUAUCCAAAUGGCAGUGUCAAGUAGUAAUUUGAACACGGCCACAUUUUUUAAAUGAAACUUCUAUGAGAAGUUCAGUUGUUCUGAUAAAACCCAGUAUUUAAUAAAAUGUAUAGUGUGUAAAUCUCAGCUACCCUUUUGGCUUGGUUUCUACAUCUCCACCUCCCCCUUGGUUUAUUUGAUUUUUAAAAAAUAACUUUUUAGAGUAUAUUCAUUCCCCUUUUACAUCACCUUGUGCAGCAUAAUGUAGCAGUUGAGAGCAUGGGUCUGGAGUCUGACUCUUAUGUCCAGAUUUCAGCUCUAUCACUUCGCUUCUCUAUUUCCUUUUCCUUGUCUGUAAAGUACAGGUAACAAUUGUGAGGACUGAAUAUGUUAAUGCACAUGAAGUGCAUAGACUAGUGUCUGGCAUGUAGCGUAUACUCAGUAAAUCUUAGGUAUUAUUUGUCCCUGAAAUAUUUUUUUAGUAAUAGUCCAUUAUAUUACACUUUUUUUCCAUACUCCGAGCCCUGUUUUACCCUUUUAGCCAGUGGAAGUUAGCGUGACAUGUACUGUGUGUUUUUAGCCCUAGGCGCUUGUGACAUACAGUUACUAUCCAACAGCCAUCUCGUCCCUCCCUCCUUACUUGUUCAGGUGUCCCCCUCUGUGCAGCCUUGUGCCCAAGGAUGUUGGACCCUGCAUGGUCUUACUCCCCUUGUAAGUAACUGAUAAGGCCUGACUACGUGAACCUUCCCUGGCCAGUGAAAAGAGCUCUGCAAGGGGCAUCUGGGGAAGAUUUUCCCCACUAAUAGAGGGAAUUCUGUUCUUCUUUGGAGAUUGUCUUGUCUGAUUGAGAGCUCCUGUAGCCAUUUUAUGGUCACAAGGUUGGCUCAAUGGGACGGUGGUGAAAAUCAUCAGUCCUUGAUAUGCUAGUGAGCUGCUGAAUUAUCCAAACUGCCUUCCCUACCCAUGGACUCAAUAAACCUUUCAUUGAAACACAAA